AUGUUUCUUUGUUUACUAGUUCUUUCAUCAUCUGUUAUAUAUUCACUUGAUUUUGGUAGCAAGUUUGUUAGACUUGCCAAGCAAAAACCAGGCAGGCAAGUUGAAAUUGUUACAAAUGAUCAAAGUUCUAGACAUACACCGAAUUAUUUAGCUUACAUUUCAGAUUCAGAUGAGCCAAACUUAACAGGCAUCGAGUGGGUUGUUGGUGUUGAUGCUGAACGUGCAAUUCGUAAAAAUCCAUCGCAUGGAGUUCAUAAUCCAUUUAAUUACUUAAACAAUCCAAAGGAUUACCCACUCAAGAAUAUCACACCUACAGAAGGCAUAGCCAUUGCACUUACAACAUACUUGAAAUCUUUUAAGCGCAAAAAUGACAAAAUUAUAAUCACAGUUCCAACAGUAUUUUCACCUCAUGCUCGCCGCAACUUAAUGAAUGCGUUCAAAUUAAUCGGUAUUAGUACUGCUCAAAUCAUAAAUUCCAACUCUGCUCUUGCUGCUCUUUAUGCAGUUGAAAAACUACCUAUUUCAGACAAUGUUACUAAGACAGUCUUAUUUAUUGAUAGUGGUGCUAUCCAAACAGAACUUUCUCUCUUCAAAUUCGUCAGAACAAACAAAUCAGUUGAAAUUACACUCCAAGAUUACAGAUUUACAGACGAAAUCGGCGGUGAUUACAUCGACGACAUACUUUUCAACUGGACUCUUACAAAACUGAAAAGACCUGCUUUAGAAGUAGAAUAUCCUGCAAUUCGUCGUUCAGUUAUCAAAGCGAAAGAGCGCUUAGCUGCUGGUUCUUCAACAGUUAUUGACGUUACUGAGGACUUUGGCCAGCAAAUUACAUUAACAAACGAUGAUGUAAACACAAUGUGCGCAGAAAUGAUCAACAAGUUCGAAAAACUCAUCGAAAACAUUACAGCAGAUGAAGUAGAGCUUAUUGGUGGCUGCACACGUCUUCCUUCCCUUUCAGAUCCGAUCAAGAGAACAUUCGGUGAAUCAGCUCAUCGUUCACUCAAUUCCGAUGAAGCCGUUGCACUUGGUGCUGUCUAUUUCGGAGGUAUACAAAGCGGUUUGAUCAAUGGAGCUGUUUUACAUUUCAUCAGACCAUCAUUGUACGGAAUGACCUUCGAAACAGGUGGUAAAGACAUCGUAGUAUUUAGUCCUGGCGAUCUGAUCGAGCGAAAGAUUGUAAAGAUAAGGAAAUUCACUGAUUUCAACGUCACCCUCAAAAUUACAAGAGAUCCAACUAAAUUCCCAAGGAUCAAAACAUCUCUUGUCCCAACAAAAGACGAAGUCUACGCUGAUAUACAGCUCGUAAACCUCUCUAAGUUCACUAGAUCAAUUACCAGUCAAAUUGAUAAGUCUACAAAACCGUUUUUAUCGUUCAUGUUUGAUGUAAGUCAAACUUUAGACAGUUUAGAUUACAUUUCAGCCGCAUUAACAGCUAAUGUGACUGUAAACAUGACAAUAGAAAACGAAUCAAUAAAUCAAGUCUCCCAAACAUCAUGGAAACUUGCAACAGAGGUCACGUACAGGGAUUCUGAGAUGGACUUCAACUCCAGCAAGACUCUUCUUGACGGAAUUCGAGGUUACAGACGAUCAAUUGCAAAUCACAGAAAAGCUUUCAAUGAUUUGAUGAAUUUCAUCAUUGAUAUGAACGAAAAGCUCAACUACAACCAAGAUAUGAUCGAAGUAACUACAGAAGAAGAAAGACAAGUAAUAAAAGAAUUAUUAUCCAGAGAAAGACAAACAGUUGACCUCCAAGGACAACACGUAUCUGCCGAAGACCUUGAAAAGAGAAAGAAUUUGAUCAAAGAAACGAUUGGCUCCACUUUGACAAAAUUUGAUGAAUUUUCAAGGCGUCCAAGAGCAGUAGCUGACUUACAGAAGGUAAUUGCCAAAGCGGAGAAAGCAUUGGAUACGGCUACAACAGAUAACGACACAAUUAAUGAAGUUAUUGAGUAUAUUAAUGGCUCCAAAUCAUUAAUUGAUGAUAUCGCGCAGAUGGACAACAAAACAGUUCCAACAAUCACUGUAAAGAAGAUUAACCAGAGGAGAACUAACUUGGCCAUGAAAAUAACCAAUUUAAGGUCUCCUCCAAGAAAACCGAAGCAAAAAUACUUCGAAAAAGAUCCUUCUGCUUACGCCGUACAACUGGAAUAUAAGAAGAACCAGACAAGCAUUGAUGAACAUACUUUAAAGGAUAAUGAAACUGUUACUGAAGAAAUUGAUCAAAAGGAAGACAACAAAGAAUUGUAA